AUGGCUUCCGGUCACAACGACCCGAAGUUGCUCUACGCCAUAAACGGCGUAUCAGCCUACCACAUCGCCAAUGGCAAGGAGGAGCUCCUCACGCCGGCCGGCCCGCAGACAUUGUCCCUGUUGAUGGUCCCGACCACAUCCGCUUUCGCCGACCCCGCGAUUGAUUCCGACACCGCGCCCGAGCAGGAUUUCUACCUCCACCUCCAUCUGCCGCCCGAGCUCGACCUGCCCCUCCCGGCCACGACGCAGAUCUACCACCAACCCCCAACUAGCUAUCUGAUCCCGAGAUGGGACCUCGGACCGGGCAGCGGCGCGUUCACCAGGAUCGAGUUCCCCUCGGUGGAGAGUCGGAAGGGGAUUCAGGAGGAUGUAGACACGUUCGAGACAAUCUUGGCGCAAUGCACCGCUUUCCUUGAACGGGCGCCGCCGCCCAAAAUCGGUGGCAAGGGCGAGCAGUGGUGGGAGGGCAAGGGCGAGAAGAGCGGGGCUACAAAGUCAGCAGAGGCGGCGGGCGAUGCGUUGCCCGCGUAUAACCCCGCUGACUUCAAACCCGGUGAGGGGUAUGUGCGGGGGAGCCACAGUGUGGCUGCGCCGGGGCAGAUUGUGCUUGUUGAUGAGGAAGAUGGCAGCGUGAUUGGAGAGUUGGCCGAUGGUUUCCAGGUCGUCGAGGCAAGCGGGCUGAAACCGGGGUCGAAAGACCCGGUCGAGAUCACCCUCCCCGCGGCAGGCGGCCAGAACAUUAAUGUGGCGCCCAUAUCCGCCGAUUUGUACGGGGCAGACUUACACCCGGCCUACAAGAGCUCGUUCCUCGUGUCCAACGCCUCGGCUGCCUCGCGCCUCAUCAUCACCGGCUCUGACAUGCUUUCCAAGUUGCUUCAGAACCAAGCCGACAGCUUCACCAAGAAAGCCCAGCCAAACGCGAAGCCCAUGACCUUCAAGCCCGCCACGCGCGAGCACAUCCGGCGCAUCAACACCUUCACGGGCGGCGCGGCGACGCUGUCGGCCAAGACGGUCGGCCAGAUCACUAAGGUCGCCCAGAACUGGGGCGCGUCCCUCGGCGGGCAUGGCAAGGACAAGAAUGGUUCCGCGCGUAAGGGCUUCGACAAAGAUGGCAAGCCACUCGGCACGUACAAGCCGGGCCUGCUCAAUAAGAGCAUGAUGGCCUUUUCCACCGUCAUGGACGGCGUGGAGCAGGCCGGGCGGAACCUGCUGGCCUCGACAUCGGAGGCGGCGACCACUGUGGUCGGUCACAAGUGGGGACCCGAAGCCGGCGACGUCACGAGAAGUUUGGGUGGUGGUGUCAAGAAUGUGGGUCUUGUUUAUAUUGAUGUGACGGGCGUUUCGAGGCGGGCCAUUCUCAAGAGCGUUGCAAAGGGUAUGGUCGUGGGCAAGACCUCAACCGGAGAUAACAUUAUUGUUGGGGGAGGUGAUGGCGGAGUGGCCACACUGGAUCAGGAUAAACAGGAUGCCCAGUCGCUGAGUGGGAUGACUGUGACUGAAGGGAAACAGCCUGCGGGUCCGCUAAACGGGAAGUUCAUGUGA